AUGGAUCAGCAGCACCUGUGCAGGUAAACUGAGUCUUUUAAUCAGAGGAGAAUAAGCAGCUCUGCAGGAGUUCACACAGUUAUGAUGUACUGUAAUAGACUCAGAUUGGACUGAUUUAAUGUUUGAUUCAUUUUGUGUACAAACAGUUUUAAGAUCUAAUGAAAGAGAAUAAUUUAAUCACUGAGAGAAACUCUUUAUGAUUGUGAGUCGUCUUCUGAGGAUUACACUGAUCCAGGUUUUUAUAGGUGGAAAUGAGCUGAUCUGAGUCUGUACUGCUCUCACUCACUCAGGAGAGAAAUCCUCUUUUUCUAAACUAAAGAUCAUUUCUGCUGAUAUGAAGUGACCGGUGUCGCUGGUUCAAUUCCAAGCCUCGACCUCUCAGCAGGACGUCACAGUAGACAUGUUUACAUCUGCAAAAUUUAUUGAUUUGAUUAAAAAUUGGAGGGAUCAGAAAAUCUGAAUCCACUGUUUUUAUCGGCGCAAAAUCAGAUAAAUCCAUACAACAGGAUUUAUUCAGAUUAGAAACAUUUAGACGUGCGCAGUUUUCUGAUUUCACUAAAACAACCAAAGAAGAAGAAGGGUUGUAUUUACGCCUGUGCCGCGCAUAUGUGAAACGUACGUCACUUCCUCUACUCGCCAUCUUUGCGGCAGCUUCGACAUUUGUUCGACAGCUUCAGCAUCAGCGAGCUCGCUUCAGUCAGAAAGGAUGCAUCAGUUUGUAACAGCCACACAUGCUGGAAAGUCCAGAGAAUGGCGCCCAGUUUCACGAUUAAAGGUUCCUACUCCAGCUAAAUUGUAAAAUUGCUGCGCAGUUCUAAAAGGUUUGAAUGAAUGUGAAUAUUUUAGUGUUGAAAUAGAAACUCUGUAUAAAAACGCUGAAAUUCAUCGUCCAUCAUGUGUCGGCUUCUUGUUAAUAAAUUUCAUUUAUAUAAUAAAUGAAAGCGACAGUGGCUCUCUUCAUCCAAAUCAGGAUUUUCCCUUCUGUUAAAUGUUGUCACUAGAUGGCGCCCUUGCGUACUUAUUUUACUGUUCUGUCAAAGUUUGCGCUGUGACAUCAUUACGCUGUUUGUACGCCUUGUUAUGUUAUUGGAGGAGCAGACACGAUACCCGCGGUUGUGUUAAUAAUGAAACCUCCUGAACUGACCUCAAUAAAUAAAGAGUGAAGACCGAUUUAGGUUAGAGAGUCACGAUCGGAAUAAGUGUUUACACGGACAAGUUUCGGAAUAAAGAUCGGCAUAAAAAGUGUUAAAACCUGCAUCAGUGUAACUCUGAGAGAAACUGAAAUAAUAUCACGAUACAAAUGUGAAGACUUAGAGUCAAACUUGUAUCAGUCUGUGAUUUGAUGGAGAAUAUUUUCUGUUUUUCAAUUUAAUUUUCAGAAUAAAGAAUCAAGUAUUAUCCCAAUGUUUGCCCCAUGUCUUUUUUAAGGCCUAAAAAAGUACUUUAUCUUUCUUUCUUUCUUUUUCUUCCUUUCUUCCUUCUGCUUAAAUAAAGUGGUCUUAAAACUCACCAGUUCAGUUCAGUCUCUUUGAUAUUUUACACGUAAGGUUCAAGGUUCACCCCUGAACAUUUCUCAACUGUGGAGAGACAAGGAACUAAAUUCAACAUACAACUAUCUGAUCCAGAUUUCACAGGAAUGAUGAUGGGACCAAACUAAACUCAAGUAAAUACACAUUUCUAUCAGGAAUAGUGCCACCUAUUGGACAAACAGUACAUGUAUGUUUAACUCUUUGUCUUUAUAUUAUCUAAUCUGAUGCUCUCUGGGAAACACUCCCUUCUCAUUACCUUGUGUACAAACAGGUAAAUGAGUUACGUACCCUAAAACAGUUAUUCAAACCAGGCUUUAAAGUUACAUUUUGCUGUAAGAAAUAGUGUUUUAAACUGUGUUUUAAUGGGGAUUCUUUGGUUUUAGAGCCAGCCUCUAGUGGACAAAUGGGAAACUGCAGUUUCUGUACUGCUGCGUUUCACUUUGAACACGGGAGAUUACCACCUGCUCAUAUUACUUUUUGAAAACAUUAUUUCUUGAACUCUAACCCUCUUGCUCAAACACAAGCACAACAUUAGGAUAUUUUUAAAAACAAGUAUGAAAAAUAUAAAAAGACAGUUUUCUAUUUCAAAAGAUGUUUAUGUUGAUGUUACAUCAUCUCUGUUGUGCAGAGGGUUGUGGGUGAAAAACAUAACAAAAGCAUGGACAACAACAGAGUUAUGUAGCUGGGUGUAGGUGGACAUCCGGAUAGUGAACUGUAUCUGACAUGGAUGUAUCACAGAGCAUAAACUAAACCGUUAUCUUGCACAGUGACUUGCACGAAAGUAUAAAUAUUUACUAAAUCAUCUUUUUCAAUUCCUCAUUAAGUUGUCCUCUGGAGAGCGUUUCCAUGACUUAAAGUGAAGAGUAUUUCUCAAUAAAAGUGGUGUCAGGAAAAGGUCCUUAUAGUAAAUAAUCCAUUGUGUGAGCCAGCAUUUAAAGGCUAACUCUGCUUAAUCUGAUAUUAGAAAUUAUCAUAGUAUAGUAUAAUGAAAAUAUUACUAAAUUGGAUAAUAAAAAUUUCAAAGUAUAGGAAGAUAAAAAUGUCAAAGUAGAGCAUGUAACAAAAAACAUUUUCAAGUAUUAAAAAAUGUCAUAUAAUAGAAUAUUAAAAAUGUCAUAGUAUAGUAUGAUGAAUAUGUCAAAGUAUAAUGUUAUUAAAAUUUCAUACUAAAGUAUGAUUGAAAAUGUCAAAGUACAGUAUUAUAAAAAUUGAAAUUAUUUGUAUUAAAAAAUGUCACAGUAUAUUAUGAUAAAGAUUUUAAGAUUUUUCAUGUAAAUGAUAUGGUAUUGUAUUAUUAAAAUGUCAAAGUAUAGAAUGUUAAAAAUGGCAUCGUAUACUAUGAUAAAAUGUCAUUGUAUAGUAGGAUAAAAACGUCAUUGUAUAGUAUGUUAAAAAGUGUCAUAGCAUAGUUUGUCAAAAAAUGUCAUGUUUAAAUUUUAUGGUGUAUUAUUUUUAAAAUAUCAUAGUACAGUAUGUCUGCUCUCCGUUGGAUGCUGGGCAAUGUAUGCAUGAGAGAGAGAGCCACUGAAUCCAGGAAGAGGAUUUGAAGCUGAGGAGUACACUGGGCCCAGGUGUAGAACAUCUUCUGAAUAGGAUGACCCCCGUUUCCACCUGACCCUGCAACAAUGCACACAAAAACACCAAAACCAGCUAACCAGCAAACCAGCAGCACCUAGUGGUAGGGAGCUGUCAUCACAAGUACAAUAAAAGUUAUCAAUUUUUGUGUGAAAAAAAGUCAUAGUAUAGUAUAAGAAAAAAUGUCGCAGUAUAGUAUGAUAAAAAAUUAAAAUUUCAAUUUGAAAAAAAUGUCAUGGUAGAGUAUGUCAAAAAAUGUCAGUAUAGUAUGAUAAAAAAAGUAUAGUAUUGAUAAAUGAUUCAGACUGUUGUAUUAAAAAAUGUCAUAGUAUUGUAUGAUAAAAAAAAAAUAUAGAAUAGUACAAAAAAAAUAAAAUUUCAGUCUGAAAAAAAAUGUUUAAGUAUAGUAUGUGAAACAAUCAUAGUAAGGUUUGACAAAAAUUUUAUAGUAUAGUAUGUAAAAAUUAAAUGAAAUUUAAGCGUUAAAAAAACGUCAAAGGAUAGAAUGAUUAAAAUGUUAUAGUAUAGUACGUCAAAAAAAUGUCAAAAUAUAGCAUGAUAAAAAAUCUAGAAAAUUUUGUAUGAUGGAAAUGUCAUAGUAUAGAAUGAUAAAAAUUGUCAUAGUAUAGUAAGUUUAAAAUGAUAAAAAAAAAUUCAUAGUUUAGUAUUAUUAAAAUGUCAUAGCACAGUAUGAUAAAAAAAGACUCAAAUUUUUGUUUGAAAAAUGUCUAGUAUUCUAUGAUUGAAAUGUUGUAGUAUAGUAUGUUAAAAAGUUUCUUAGUAUAUUAUAAAGAAAAAGUCAUAGUAUGGUAAAAUCUCAUAUUAUACUACGUAAAAAAAAAUAGCAUAGUAUUGUAUGAUAAACAAAAAACAAAAUAAAAAAUGUAAAGACAGGAAUAGUGUGGGCGGGUUUCAGUCUGGGCCAAAGGCAUCCUUAUCUCUGCUCAGCAGAAGUAACCGCCUGUUCAUUUAGAACUUUAGGACCUUCUCAUAUCAUGUGGCAAAACAACCCACACAGAAAGAUUUGCUUUGUCUUUUUUUGCAUUUGGUUUCUUUUACAAAAAAGGAAUAAACAAGGAAAACGUGACUUUAUUUACACAUGGGAAACAAUAGGCAAGAAAAACGCUUCAAAUGUACACCUGGAUAUCGUACACAUCAGUGGCUCUUGGGAUAAUUUUGACAGGCGAAAUUAAGUCACAACAUAGUCAUUACUCAGCCUAAGUUUAUAUUCUGACAUUAAUUUUCAAGACAAGACACACAAACAUUAAUUUACACAAGACAAUUAAUUUCUAAUUCAAGAGGUUCCUCUGCUACUGGAGUUCAUAUUAAACUCUGAUACAAUAUUCAACAUAUGAUAUAUAUUCAACAUCAGAAUGCCCUUUAUUGUCAUUAUACAGAAGGUACAACAAGAUUGGAGAGCUUCUCCAUUUUUCAGUGGAAUAGAUACAAAAAAAAACAGAGACCGUAUUAAAAGUACAAAAAUAGUUAUGAGAAAAUAAAAACAAUAGGUACAGACUAUAUAUGUGUAUGUGAUUUAGAUAAUAAGUGUAAGUGUCUUUUAUUCAUACAAAGGAACACAGAAGUCAUACUCUUAUCCAUUAAAGAAUAAGUCUUAUAGUUGUUCUUAUUUGUACUGUACCUAAAUAAAAGCGUAAACGCGAACUUUGUCUAAAUUAGUUGAAGAAAUGGAAGAUUAGCUGGCGUGUUUAUGUAGUUUCCCGCCAAGGAGAUAGAUGGCGGCAAAAACCCACAAGCCGCCAUCUUGAAAAAAUACCCGAAGAAGAAGAAGAAGGUUGAGAAGCAGCAGAAGAGUCUUGUGUUUUGACUCUUGUAGACAGAGGAGGGGGAUUCUUAAUUUCUGGACUAAAGAGGAGGGAUUUCCUGACUCUACAGCGUCUUUCAGGGUUAAACACGGUAAAUAAUAAAUAAUAAUUGUAAUAAUAAUAACUGUCAUGUUGUGUUUUUGUGUCUGAAUUUCACCAACAGCUCUUCGUUUCUUGAGGGUCUCUGGUUUAUCUCGAAAUGUCUUCGGCCACGUUACUGAUAAAGUCCACGUUUAAAAUGACCGUUUUAAUGUGAAAUGUUACAUCAUACGUGAUCGGCCGUUAUCUUGGUGUUUUCUCGUCUUUCUUGUCAGGUUUAACCCCUCAGCUAGGACACACCUGUACAGGUGAGGGUCACAUGAGGACAGAUCUGCUGCUGCUCUGUUUUCUGUUUUUGGUGACUGUGUCAGAGUCUUGGUAAAGUUGAGUUUAAGGCCCUGAAAUAAUGAGCAGAAGGAAGAUUUACUAGAUUUUUCUACUGUCACUGAACAACACACUGAACACUGCUUCCUACAUGUACAUUUAUACCAAAAAACAGUCAAUUAAGAUGUUAUUUAGGAAGUUAAUAUUGCAGAGACCUUUUAAUCAGUGUCCUCAUUAUAAAGCAUCUAUAACGGUUUUAUUUAAGAUAACGUGAAGAUAAAACGAAUUUAAGUGUGCCAGAAAAACAGCAGAAAUACAGUUUUAUAGAUUGUAUAACUUUACCUGUUCUGAGCAUUUCUCUGACAUUUAUUAUUAUUGUUAUCAUUAUUAUAACCUUUAUUUAACCAGGUUUGUCCCAUUGAGAUCCAAGAUCUCUUUUGCAAGAGAGACCUGGCAUUGUAACAUACAGUUUCAACACAAUAAUCACAUUAAUCAUAUCGAAUACAUAGAAUACAAAUAAUGAUUACAUUUUCAAAAUUAGUGAAAAGAAUUUACAAGAUUGGACAAACAUUUGUGCUCAAAUAAAACAUUUGUACUCCUGAAGUCUGGAUUUAAUGGAACUGAUCCUGGAUUUGAAAACAUUCAGAGAUUUCAGAGUUUGCUGUUUCAGGUCUGAUAGUAAAAUGUUUCAGAAAAUCUCAAAGCUUUCUUCUUCAUCUCUGUUCUGACCUUAAGAACAGUAAAAUAAUUAAAGUCUCGGGGGCGGAGACUGUAGGUCCUAUUAUUUAAGAUCAAAAGACAAGAUAAAUAAGUAAUUUAACAAACACACACAUCGUGAAAAUGUUAGAUCAGUAAUCAUCAUCAGGGACUCAGAGGUAAAAUAGAAAUUCAUGUAUGAAGUAUGAGGAGUGCAGAUAUAAACAGGAGUAAUAAAUUUGAUAAUGAACUGGUAGAGAAGCAUCAGUAAGUGUCACAGUUAAAGAAAACCUGAUUAAACAGACAGAAAUAUUCACAGAUCUGAUCUACGGCUCGGUGCGGUCUGAAGACGACCCCGCAGACUCAGCUCGGUCUGCUAAACUUCACUGUGUGUUUCUCUCUCCACAGGCUGGAUGGCGUUUUGUCGUCUGUUGAUCCACGUCCUCCUCCUCUUCACGCUCUCCUCUGCCCAUAAUGACUUCUUCACCUCCAUCGGUGAGUCCGUCCAGUUUCCCUCCUCAUCUUCCUCAUUAUGAAUCUAAAGAAGGUGGUGAAUCCUGUUAAUGACUGAGCUCCGCCCCUUGAACUCUGAACUGUCUCUUUUAGGUCAGAUGACCGACCUGCUGUUCACGGAGAAGGACCUGGUGACCUCCCUGAAGGACUACAUCCGAGCGGAGGAGAGCAAACUGGAGCAGAUCAAGAAGUGAGAGAGAAACGGUCACAUGACGAGUGUGUGUUCAGAUAAUAUCACAUGAUUCACCUGUGUGUGUGUGUGUGUGUGUGUGUGUGUGUGUGUGUGUGUGUUCAGAUGGGCAGACAAACUGGACGUCCUCUCUGCAGCAGCCACUCAGGACCCUGAGGGUUUCCUGGGACAUCCUGUGAACGCUUUCAAACUGAUGAAGCGGCUCAACACGGAGUGGGCGGAGCUAGAGAACCUGGUGCUCACUGACAUGUCUGAUGGUAAAACACACACACACACACACACACACACACGUGCGCUCAGUCAUAACUUUGAUCCUCUGAAUGACGAGUCCUUGUUCUUCUUCGGUGGUGUUUCCAGCGUUCAUCUCUAACCUCACCAUCCAGAGGCAGUACUUCCCCAACGACGACGACCAGACCGGAGCGGCCAAAGCUCUGAUGAGGCUGCAGGACACCUACCAGCUGGACACGGAAACCAUCGCCACCGGGAGGCUGGCAGGUCAGCUGAGACACGAGGUCGGGACGUCAGGAGAAGGUCAAGAAAAGAUUUUAGGGUCAAAACUGUAAAAAUAAAGGACAGUUGGGAGGUGAAAUGGUCGCACAUUUCCAACAAAAACGCCGUAACGCUAAAGGGGUAUCCCGGCGUAAAAUUAAUUUAAGGUCAAACGAUCCAAAGACAGACCAGAGACACUUUCUUCUCACGUCCUCGCUCAUCAAUCCAGAACUAAAUCUGCCGUUUUCACUCUUAAUCCCUUCAUAUUCAGGCUCCUCCCCUGACUCCUCCCACCACAGCGUCCUGACGGCUGAAGACUGUCAUGACCUCGGGAGGGUGGCGUACUCGGAGGCGGAUUACUACCACACGGAGCUGUGGAUGGUUCAGGCGCUGAAGCAGCUGGAACAGGGAGAGACGUCGGCCACGGUGGACGCCAUCACCAUCCUGGACUACCUGAGCUACUCUGUGUACCAGCAGGGGGCGCUGAAGAGGGCGCUGGAGUUCACCAAGAGGCUGCUGGAGCUGGGUCAGUAACAGAGAACAUGAGAGAGACGGUCACAACCUGAAAAGACCUUUAAGGCCUUUUUUUAAAUUCAUGUUUUUAAUCAUUUUAAUUAAAUAAAUUCUUAAUUUAAUAAAGUUCUUCUGAUCGUUUUUAAAAUUCAUGUUUUUAAUAAUUUUAAUUGAAUAAAUUCUGUAAUUUAAUAAAGUUCCUCUGAUCGUUUUUAAAAUUCAUGUUUUUAAUAAUUUUAAUUAAAUAAAUUCUUGAGUUUAAUAAAGUUCUUCUGAUCGUUUUUAAAAUUCAUGUUUUUAAUAAUUUUAAUUAAAUAAGUUCUUAAUUUAAUAAAGUUCUUCUGAUCGUUUUUAAAAUUCGUGUUUUUAAUAAUUUUAAUUGAAUAAAUUCUGUAAUUUAAUAAAGUUCCUCUGAUCGUUUUUAAAAUUCAUGUUUUUAAUCAUUUUAAUUGAAUAAAUUCUGUAAUUUAAUAAAGUUCUUCUGAUCGUUUUUAAAUUCAUGUUUUUAAUAAUUUUAAUAAAAUAAAUUCUUAAUUUAAUAAAGUUCUUCUGAUCGUUUUUAAAAUUCAUGUUUUUAAUAAUUAUAAUUAAAUAAAUUCUGUAAUUUAAUAAAGUUCUUCUGAUCGUUUUUAAAAUUCAUGUUUUUAAUCAUUUUAAUUAAAUAAAUUCUUAAUUUAAUAAAGUUCUUCUGAUCGUUUUUAAAAUUCAUGUUUUUAAUCAUUUUAAUUAAAUAAAUUCUUAAUUUAAUAAAGUUCUUCUGAUCGUUUUUAAAAUUCAUGUUUUUAAUCAUUUUAAUUAAAUAAAUUCUUAAUUUAAUAAAGUUCUUCUGAUCGUUUUUAAAAUUCAUGUUUUUAAUAAUUAUAAUUAAAUAAAUUCUGUAAUUUAAUAAAGUUCUUCUGAUCGUUUUUAAAAUUCAUGUUUUUAAUAAUUAUAAUUAAAUAAAUUCUGUAAUUUAAUAAAGUUCUUCUGAUCGUUUUUAAAAUUCAUGUUUUUAAUAAUUAUAAUUAAAUAAAUUCUGUAAUUUAAUAAAGUUCUUCUGAUCGUUUUUAAAAUUCAUGUUUUUAAUAAUUAUAAUUAAAUAAAUUCUGUAAUUUAAUAAAGUUCUUCUGAUCGUUUUUUAAAUUCAUGUUUUUAAUCAUUUUAAUUAAAUAAAUUCUUAAUUUAAUAAAGUUCUUCUGAUCGUUUUUAAAUUCAUGUUUUUAAUCAUUUUAAUUAAAUAAAUUCUUAAUUUAAUAAAGUUCUUCUGAUCGUUUUUAAAAUUCAUGUUUUUAAUAAUUAUAAUUAAAUAAAUUCUGUAAUUUAAUAAAGUUCUUCUGAUCGUUUUUAAAAUUCAUGUUUCUUAAUCAUUUUAAUUAAAUAAAUUCUUAAUUUAAUAAAGUUCUUCUGAUCGUUUUUAAAAUUCAUGUUUUUAAUAAUUAUAAUUAAAUAAAUUCUGUAAUUUAAUAAAGUUCUUCUGAUCGUUUUUUAAAUUCAUGUUUUUAAUCAUUUUAAUUAAAUAAGUUCUUGAGUUUAAUAAAGUUCUUCUGAUCGUUUUUAAAUUCAUGUUUUUAAUCAUUUUAAUUAAAUAAAUUCUUGAGUUUAAUAAAGUUCUUCUGAUCGUUUUUAAAAUUCAUGUUUUUAAUAAUUUUAAUUAAAUAAAUUCUGUAAUUUAAUAAAGUUCUUCUGAUCUUUUUAAAAUUCAAACUCUGACUAAAAUAAAAACCGUCUGUUUGUUUCAGAGCCGACACACCAGCGAGCCAACGGGAACCUGAAGUAUUUCGAGUAUCAGCUGGGCAAACAGAUGAAGUUAAAGGGGAGAGAGGAGGCGGAGGAGGAGGAGGAGGAGUCUGAGGGGAGGAAGAGGAGGGACCGCCCUGACGAUUACCUCCCCGAGAGGAGGAAGUACGAGGAGCUUUGUCGUGGCGAGGGGCUGAAGAUGGUGAGAAACUCUGACACGCUCUGAAAACCUUCGAUCUCAUCAAAGUCAUCCUGUCCGUGUUUUCUUUUAGACUCCUCGCAGACAGAGCCGCCUCUACUGCCGUUACUAUGACAACAACCGCCAUCCGAAGUACGUCAUCGGUCCGGUGAGGCAAGAAGACGAGUGGGAUCGCCCUCGCAUCGUCAGGUACCACGACGUCGUAUCAGAGCGGGAGAUGGAGAGGGUGAAAGAGCUCGCCAAACCCAGAGUGAGUCACACCGUCAGCUCUGUUUCUGACCUUUGACCUGUGACGGCGCCAACGCCUCCAAACACGCCCCCUCUCUCUGUCUCUGUGUCUGUGAUUGGUAGCUCAGGCGUGCCACAGUUCAUGACCCUCAGACGGGAAAACUGACCACGGCCCACUACAGAGUCUCCAAGAGGUAAAACAUCUCAAACAUGUCGGCGUUUCCUCUUCUGUGUCGACCCGUCUCACCUUAACGUCCUGGCGCUCUCGUCUCUCAGCGCCUGGCUCGGUGCGUUCGAACACCCGGUGGUGGACCGAAUAAACCAGCGGAUCGAGGACCUCACCGGACUGGACGUCAGCACAGCAGAGGACCUGCAGGUGAGUCUCACCUGGUGAUUUCUGUGAGUUCAUCAGGAGACAGACAUCCACGCAUCAGCAGCCGUGGACGGAUCAGUGUCUUCACGGCGUGGAUGUGAAUCUAAAGAACAGCUGUAAGAGUGAACAUACACACAAACACAACACACACCUGGACGUUUAAAAUACAAUUAAGAAGGUCAUCGAUGGGCCCGGGGUCAUCAGGAGACACGGUAACGUAAAGCUGCGUGUGAGAGCUGAUGCCGCGCCUCCUGAUGACAUCACCAACAGCCACAUGUACAGAUUAAAAAGUGUUGGACCUAAAACUGAGCCCUGGGGAACGCCACAGACCUGACCUCGUCUGUCAGUAAAUGUGGACUCAUCAUCGUCUCUGAAACACGUCAGCAGCUGCUGCGUUCGUUCAGACCUGAGCUGAGACGAUGACCUCCUCUCUGUGUGUCUCCAGGUGGCCAAUUACGGCGUGGGAGGACAGUACGAGCCUCACUUUGACUUUGGACGGGUAAAGAAAACUCAAAGACUUCACCUCCAGAGUUAAACGUCUGUUUUCUUUGUACUCGAGUUUUUUCUGUCUGUUAUUUUUCAGAAAGACGAGCCGGACGCCUUUGAGGAGCUGGGGACAGGAAACAGAAUCGCCACCUGGCUGUUUUAUGUCGGUGAACUUCAGCCGAUAGUUAAUCUGACACACUUCAAAACGAUCAAUAACUGCAGAAUCGAUCAGUAAUUCAGUCUCCUUCUCAUGCUGCAGAUGAGUGAUGUAGCAGCAGGGGGCGCCACAGUCUUCACUGACGUUGGAGCUGCUAUAUGGCCCAAAAAGGUAAACAUCAGCAGGUCCUCUGGAAAUAAAAACAUAAAAAUAUAUUUAAUAAAAACAAAAACACAGAGUUUGUUUUUCAUCGUGUCUCUGUGUGUUCAGGGCACAGCGGUGUUCUGGUACAAUCUGCACCCCAGCGGAGAGGGAGACUACAGAACCAGACACGCCGCCUGUCCGGUUCUGGUCGGGAAUAAGUGGGGUGAGUUCAGAAAAAACAAACAUGUAAAUAAAUUUUUAAAAAAGAAUAAGUGAAGAAAUGAAGAUGAAAAAUAAAUAAACAAGUAGAGAUAAAAAAUAAAUAAAUAAAGAUUUAAAAAAAACAUAUAAAGGUAAAAAAUAAAUAAAUAAGGAUAAAAAAAUAAAUGAACAAAUCAAAAAGAUAAAAAAAGAAUAAAUAUUACAAAAAAUAAACGAAUAAAGAUAAAAAAAAUAAAUGAAUAAAUAUAAAAAAUAUAAAGAAUUAAAGAUAAAAAAUAAAUAAAUGAUGAAGAUCAAAAUUAAAGCUCACCUCCUCUCCUCUGUUUGUCUCCUAGUUUCUAAUAAAUGGAUCCAUGAGCGAGGGCAGGAGUUCAGGAGGCGCUGUGGCCUCCAGGAGACCGACUGA